UCCAACCUGCUCUCGACGUUCCCCCCCUCGUCCCUUGUUUUGUUGACAACAAUGCCUUCAACCAUAAAUCAGUCCCCCGAAGCUUUCAAUGAAACCGAAGUACUAAUGGCAUCGGAACUAGCAACGGGCUCGGUCGUUCAUAUGGUAUUGAAAGCUGCCAUCGAGCUCAAUCUGCUAGAGAUCAUGGCUAAAGCUGGCCCAGCAAAGAAGCUUUCCGCGACAGAGAUUGCAGCUCUCCUCCCUACACAGAACCCAGAUGCCCCUGUUAUGCUUGAUCGUAUGUUGCGUCUCUUGGCCAGUUAUUCCAUUCUCACUUGUUCUCAGGUCACUACUGAUGAUGAUCGAGUUCAAAGGGUCUACUGUUUAGGCCCUGUUAGCAGACACUUGGUUCCUAACCAAUAUGGAGUUUCAUUAGCUCCUUUGCUCCUCAUGGUUCAUCACAAGGCCUACAUCGAUAGCUGGCACCACUUGAAAGAUGCAGUUCUUGAAGGUGGAAUUGCUUUUAACAAGGCCCAUGGAAUGAACAUCUUUGAGUACCUUGGUAUGGAUCCAAGUUUCAAUGAAGUUUUCAACAAAACAAUGCUUAACCUGUCCAUCUUAGUCAUGAAGGGAAUACUUGGAAUUUAUGAUGGGUUUGAGAAGGCCAAUGCGGUGGUUGAUGUGGGUGGUGGAUUAGGGGAAAAUAUUGACUUGAUCACUUCCAAGUAUCCUAUGAUUAAGGGUAUUAACUUUGAUUUGCCACAUGUGAUAGCUGCCGCUCCUUCUUAUCCUGGGGUGGAGCAUGUUGCGGGGGAUAUGUUUGUAAGUAUUCCGAAAGGAGACAUCAUACUAAUGAAGAUGAUACUUCAUAACUGGAGUGAUGAGCAUUGCCUGAAGUUAUUGAAGAAGUGUCAUGAAGCAUUGCCAGAAGAUGGAAAGGUGGUGGUUUUGGAGACUAUUCUUUCAGCAGCGCCUGAAACUAAUGUGCUGGCCAAAGAGGCCUUUCGAACAGACUUGCUUAUGAUGGCUCAACACAUUGGAGGGAAGGAGAGGACGGAGAAGGAAUAUAGGGCAUUGGCAAAGGAGGCUGGGUUUAAUGGUUGUAGAUUCAUUUGUCGAGUUUUGGCCUCCUCCGUCCUAGAAUUCUACAAAACGAAGUGAUUCUAUAUCAUCACUUGUCAAGGAGGACCUCGUUCUCAAACUUGUAGAACUGUUUGGCCAAUUUCCCUUCCAUGGCUUCUAAAUGCUUGUAAUUCGAAAUAAAUGUGUAAUACAUGUUUUUAUCAGUAAAAUUUUAUU